AUGAGCCACCAACGCUUCCCCUCCCGUGAUGCUGGGCGGGAGCCCCAUUCCAUCUCUCUAAAGGUCCUUCGCUUGUCACGACCUUCCCUCGUCCCGCAACAUCCCCUCCGGCCGGCACUGUCUCCAGCGGUGCCGGGCCAAGCUGACCCAUUUCCCGCCUCGUUGGCCUACAGCCCUGAAGGCGCUACGAACCCGGAUCCAUUCGUUCUCAGCCCUAUCCUCAACCUACCUCCCUCAUUCGGCUCCGCAUAUGUCGGAGAGACGUUUUCCUGUACACUGUGUGCGAACCACGAUGCGCAAGAGGCGCCAGCAUACCCGGUCAAGGCGCCAGUCCAGAGCAGGACAAUACGCGAUGUCCGUAUCGAGGCAGAGAUGAAGACACCCUCAUCCGCUGGAGUGGUCAAGCUCGAUCUGAGUCCGAGGUCUGGUGGCGAUGCUGGGGGCCAUGGCGGUGCCGCCAAGGGUGUCGACCUCGACCCCGGGCAGACACUGCAGAAGGUGGUCAACUUUGAUCUCAAGGAGGAGGGAAACCAUGUCCUGGCGGUGACAGUGAGCUACUACGAGGCAACCGACACGAGCGGGCGCACAAGGACGUUCCGAAAGCUGUACCAGUUCAUCUGCAAGUCGUCGCUGGUAGUGCGCACCAAAGCCGGAACGCUGCCGCCGCUCAAGGACGGCGGCCGGCGGCGGUGGGUGCUCGAAGCGCAGCUGGAGAACUGCAGCGAGGACGUUAUGCAGCUAGAGCGCGUGGGACUCGAUCUAGAACCCGGGCUGGUCUACAGCGACUGCAACUGGGAGGCGACCAGCAGCCAGAAGCCGGUCCUCCACCCGGGAGAAGUGGAGCAGGUCUGCUUUACGGUGCAGGAGCAGGGACAGGGGAUCAGGGAGGCGGACGAGAGGCUCGUCUUUGGCGUUCUGAGCAUUGGGUGGAGGGGAGAAAUGGGCAACAGGGGGUUCUUGUCUACGGGGAAGCUGGGAACAAGGCUUGCGCGGUGA